UGUAUUAAACUCCUCAUUUUCCUUCUGUAAACAUAUUACCACAUCAAAACUCUAUCAGUAGGUUGCCUAGUAUAUUUUAAUUGUAAACCCUUCCUGCUAGCAACGAAUGGAGCUUUUAAAACAGAUGACUUUCCUGAAGUUUUAUCCCAAAAUAAAUUUCUAUCCCAUCAGUUUAGUAUUCUUACACUGGAAAAGUAGAUUGUGAUGCCAAUUUUGUGCUGUUAAAUGGAGCCCAAGCUCUUCUAUAGUUCAGUGGUCCUGUGCUCUUUGGAAAGAGAAGAGAAAACUACAAAUAAAAGUAUUGCCUACUAUUGUAUUUUUGUAAGGGUUUGGGAAAUUUUUGAACCAAUAAGGUAUGUACAUCAAUUGUCUUGCUAAUAAGUACACAUUGACUCCUUUAUUCUGUAGGAAAUCUGGGAAGUAGUCCUGCUCAAGAAUUUUAAGGGAGUUCAUAAAUACUAUUAGGAUACAUAAAUUGUAAACUUUAUUUAAAUAUCAGAGACAUAAAUUUUCCAUUUGUCACCAGGAAAUACUUCCUAGGUCUUGUAGUUUUAGAUUAUUUAUUUAUAACUACUAUGAGUUGAUUAGAAUAUUAUUAUUCUACCUUUAACCCUACCACUCAUUAGUUGAUAAUGGCAUCAGAAACUUAUUGAUAUGCUGUGUUCAUAUUUUAAUAUAAAUGGCCAUGCAUUCUGCUUAUUGGAAAAUUCCUUACCAACUUCCUAAAUAAUAAUAUCUGGAGAAUAAUAUAAAUGCCAAAUUAGCACAAUUAGUACAGUCUAGCUAAUGAUUUUUAUGACAUGGUUUUUAGAAAGAAAAUUAUCAAACUGCGUGCACUACUGGGUAUUUCUAUGUAAUAAGAAAGUCAAUUGGAAAUUUCCAUGUAUUCUGAUUCUUAGUCUUUUUUACAUUUUUUUGACAACCUGCAUGGCUUAUUUUGUGACAUCAGUAGAGACAUAUAAUACAUACCAAGGAACAGAAAUGUGAGAUUAUUACUUGGGAUGUUUGAUUGCUAGUAAUAAAAGGAAUGUAGGCACCUGGGCUAAUGACGGGUGGUCAUAGUGCAAGAGGGUAGAAAUAUGAAAAAUUAAUUCAUUGGCAUCACCUGCAAUUUCUAGAAGUAAAAAGAGAUACUGUGAAAGGAAGGGUGCAAAAGGAAUUAAGGUGCUAAUUUGAAUUCAACUAAAAAUUUGAAACUGUUUAGGAAGCAAAUAUUGAGAGUAUAAAAUAGAGAAAAGCAAAUUGUGGAACUCUAGAGAAGACUGGAUGCUUUGUGUGGAUGUUAGUUACCAAACCUUGUUAAACCAGUUUGAGUCAAUCCAAACAGAAUACACCCAGCUGACAAACCAGGAAACAUAAUUUGUUUAUCUACCUAUGCCAGGCUAUAUAGUUAGUGCUUUAGGGUUGGAAAACAGAGAUGACCACAUACAAUAACAGCGGCUUUAAUGAGUAUCCACAAAACUUAUUUCGUGAAAAAGAAUCUAUCCUGACAGCAUCUCAUUCUGGAAAUUUUGAAGUCGUAUAGAUUGUCAAGAAGAUGGGUCAAAAAUCAUCUCAAGAAGUGACACAGAAGGACAAGCCUGAUCUCACUGCUAUGGGUGACAUUUUCAGUCGAGCUGUGGUCUAUGCUGCUCAGAAACUGAAGGACUACCUUGGGUUCGAAGACCCUCAAAGUAAACUGUACCCAGAUUCCAACACACUGAAUGAGAUCUUUUUAAUUCAUUUUGUUAGUUUCUGCCACGAAAAUGGAAUGGAUGAGAAGAUUACUACUAACAAAAUGACCAAGAAUCAGGCCAUGUUGUUUGGGGCUGAUUGGAUCUGGACCUUCUGGGGAUCUCAUAAGGAAAUCCUAUUUCAGCUGGCUGUUCAGACUUUACAGAUGUCCUCAGACCUCCGUGUUGAAUCUAAUCCCUGUGACCUGCUCGGCAAGGAAGCAGUAUUAGACGUGUGUUCUAUGGGGGGACAUCGGUUUGAGAAGAUGGAAGAAUUCUGUAAUUUGAUUGGUGAGGACUGUCUGGGUUUACUUAUCAUCUUUGGUGUGCCAGGAAAGCCUAAAGACAUUAGAGGAGUUCUCUUGGACAGUAUCAAAAAUGAGAAAAUUCAAAACUGCUUAUCGGGAGAGAAGGCUGUAAAACAUUUUAUCUUAAACACAAAGAACUGUCUGUCUACCAAAGAACUGUUAGAAAACUACAUGUGUAAAAGUGCUAGACUGAAUGAGAUGGGCAAGGUUUAUAUUAAUUUUCUCUGAAUUUUAGAUAGGUAAGUAAGCCAAGCAGAUAUAAACUCAUAUAUCAAAGCAAAGGAUUUUAUUCUUUCAAGCAUAAGAGCAUUAUUUAAUACAUUUAAUGUGUUAAAUGGAUUUAGAACAGCAUUGUAUAAACUGAUAGAUUAACUUCUUUUGGUGGCCAAAAUUAGCCAAGUCAUGCUCCAAAUGAUUGUACUAUUGUGAUCCUGAAAAAGAAAAAAAGCCAUGAAGAAACCUUCAGGGAAAAAAAAACAUAAUUCCAUGCCAUGUAACUUUUGUUCAUUUGCUUAGAAAGCCAAUAAAACAACCUUGAAAGUUUGCCUUGUAA